GAGUCGAGAGGGCAUGUGAUUGUCUGACUGAACUAAAAACAACACGAGGAAACAAAGCGUCUCAAACUGUCCGAAACAUUCGCAGCUUGGGCUCCCAUCACUCAGCAGCAGACAUGGAUUGCGGAAUUCUAACAUCUAAAACCGUUCUUUUAUUUCUCAGUGUAAUAUUUUGGGCUGCUGGAGCGGCCCUCGCGUAUGUUGGCUCUUAUGUGAUAAAGAGCUACAACAGCUUUGAAGACUUUGUAUCUAAUAAGUACUCCGUCAUCCCAGCAGCCAUUAUAAUCGGUGUGGCUGUGGUCAUGUUUGUCAUCGGGAUCGUUGGCUGCUGUGCAACUCUGAGGGAGUCCAAAGUCGGUUUAGGCUUUUUUCUUCUCAUCAUCAUGAUAAUCUUCGCAGCCGAGGUUACUGCUUUUGUGUUUGGCUUCAUCUACAGGGGAAGAAUUAAGGGUGACCUAGAAAAGUCAAUGAACAGUGUCUUUCAAAAGUAUGAUGGUGUGGACAGUGAAACCCAUGCAGUGGAUUACUUGCAAUUCCAAUUGGAGUGCUGUGGGGUGAAUAACAUCACAGACUGGACUGCAAUGCCAUGGUUUGGCCAACAUAACAACUCUGUGCCACAUUCCUGCUGCAAAGCAAAUGCUACACAAUGCACUGGCCAACUCACCCAACUAGAUCUUCUGAACACACAGGGAUGUGAAGCUAAACUGGAGCAGAUGCUUCAGGAUGUGCUUAGUUAUGCAAUGUUGGUCAUCCUGGGAUUUGCCAUCAUUAAGUUGUUUGGGAUGCUCAGCAUCUGUGUCAUUGCCUGCAGAAGCAAGAAGAAUGACUAUCAGCCUCUGUAUGCGUGAUGGUAACAUCUCCUGAAUCACUCUCUUGGGACAGUCGCUACAUUCUCGCUACUGUGCAGCUAAACACAGCCUCACUGGCACCAUAAACAUCAGUGGUUUGAAGGUGUGACUAUUCCAAACAUUUAGUUAAAAAAAUUAAUUGUAAUGCCUUUUGGUUUGAGUGCAAAAGUCCAACUUGAAUGAGAAAUGCUGACGGGAACCACACAAGUGUGUGGUCAGAAAAACACAGAACAUUAUCAAAUGAUCAAAGAGGUGUCUGAAAACCAUGUGACAUUCUUAAGUAGCUUUGACAAUUAAUGUUUAUGCUAGCCCUUGACAAAUAUUGUACGUCUAUGUCUCCAACUCCACACAAGUUUUAGGAAAUGUUAUAUAGCAGCACUUCACCAAAUGUAUUUAAAAUGUAGACUUUGUAUGUAAACUUUAGAGUUGAUAGAUGCACUUCAUUUUUAAGGAUUUUAUGUCAAAUGAUGUCUUAUAGUUGUCUGUGUACGUGCAGGGUUUUUUUUUUUGGCUGCUGUCCAAAUUAUACCUGUCUUAUACUCGUCUGUGUUUAUUAUGUUCAUUAAAAGAAUUUAGCUCAA